CCUCGUUUCAUAAACAACGAGAGAUAGAGGCGUUUAGGCGUCACAGCUCCGCAUUAUUAUUUCUCGGCACACAGCAGUCUCCUUGACUCCCCUCCAGCCUUCUGCCACCUCUCUCAUGGGGAACCGGAGCUGACCUUUUGCCAGGAUGGAGGUAGCCCCGUCUGGCUCGCUGAGGCUCUCGGAACCUCACAGGAGGGGGACGCCUCUGCCCCUGAGCCAGCUGGUGGAGGAAACCAGAAGCAGAGCCAGCAUCCCCAAUCAUCUGCUGGAAACAAAAAUCUACGCCAAACUGAAGAGCAACAGUCAGAUCCAAGCAGACCCUGCAGAGCUCCAUUUCACCAGCUUUGAUUUGGGAAAGAAUUACACUAAGAUCCUGAAAUUAAUCAACAUCUCAUCUGAAGUGAUUAAUAUUCAUAUAAUUCCAACCCUGACAAAGUAUUUCCAUACAACUUACACCAAAAAGUGUCGGCUCAUCCCAGGCCUCUCCUACACCCUGAAGGUUGUCUUCUGCCCAGACGAGUGGCGCUACUUCUACGACUGCAUCCGUGUUCACUGCAAGGGGGAGGAGAACCUGUUAAUUCCAGUUCAUGCUUACCCUGUCAUCGAUGACCUGCACAUCCCUCCUCGCAUCGACCUGCCAGCUGUACCGCUCGGACAAAGUGUUCAUCAUUCAAUUCCCAUGAGAUGUAGCUGUCCAAUUGACUUUGAGUUUGAAGUGUUCAUCAUUCAGCCACACCAAGCCUUCUCCAUCCACCCCCUCAAAGGUGUGAUUCCAGCCAAUGGAGAAGCGACGCUCACCGUGAUUUUCUGUCCUCUCCAGUAUGAGACGUCUCAGUUCACCUUUCAGCUGGUUGUCUCACAAUUCAACACCAAGCCCUACCUGUGCACUGUCAGCGGGAGCUCAGCCCCUCAUUUAGCACGCAGCCAUUUGGACCGAAAAGCAGACGAUGGUGCUUCAGCUCCUGCAGAACACAAAGGACGUCCAGCUCCUGCCUACAGAGCUCCUGGAAGUAAAGGCAGGCGGAGUUCAAACAAGGAGGCUGACAAAUCAAAGACAUUUAAAGAUAAGGUGGGCGCUAAGCAUGGCCAACCACCUUCAAUGGAUGCCUGUACGCCUGCAGGGGUGGCAAAGAUGCUUAUCAAAGACAUCAAUAAACUCAACACAAAAGCCUUAUCCUGUGGCAGUAUGAAAGUGAAGCAAAGCAGGCAGAUGAAAGAGGCUCUCUUCAUGAAAAAGGUUCAAGAAACUGCGAAUGAGGAACAAGAAAACCAGCUCAGAUGGCAGGUUCAUCCAGGUAUGGAGCCAGUGUCAGAGCAAAGGCAGAGGCAGAUACUGGAGGACAGAGAGUCGGCUCUGCAUGAAUACAAGGUCCAAAAGGAGGAUGAGAGGCAAGAUGAAGACAUCGCUCCUGAACAAACCAAGCUUUCCUCCAGUCGGAUGCUUCAUGAUGCAAAACAGGAUCCAGACGGAGAACCAGUCUUCCAGCUGCACAUCGAUAUUAACUUGGAACUGAGACAGAGAGCCCUCACACUUUUUCAGCAGGCAGCUCGAAAGGUUGUGAUUCGAGGCCGGAUGCAGUGCAGACUGACCUUGUUGAAGAAACUGGCUGAUGUUAAGGAUAAAACAUGUGAUUUAUUGUCUCCUGACAACAUAUUACCACCGUUCCCCACUGAGAACAAUCCCAUGGCUCUCAGGAAUUUGGUGGCGUUGCCUGUGGAUCCUAUUGAUGUGACGGUGACAGCACACAUUCCUUUCUUCAAGCUCCAGGUUCCCCAGCACUAUCAGCUCAUGGCUUACUGGCGUGUGUCUGCUUGGGAAGCUUUUAACUCCUGUAUACCCACAACACUGGCCAGACCUCUUCGUGCUGGAGCUCCGGAAGCACAGGAGCCUGUUGAAGACAAAGAUGAAAUUAUUGGAACGAAGAACGUUAAAGUUGAGCUGAAUGAAGAGGAGCCUGUAGCAGCAAAGGAGACUGUUGCAUUAUCCUUCAGCGCUCCUGCAGAUCUGCUCAGGCCUGUUCCUGCAAACCCUCUCAGGAUCUUUAAUCCAGCCCCGGGUCUUCGGACUUAUAAACCAAAGCCCAAAUAUCUGGAGAGCGACUUGGAGAUUCACCUCUGUCCCCUGCAGAGGUAUGAAGUCUUUAAGAGCAGCUCUUCUGGCUUCACGACACGCCCUCCACAACCUCAGUUUCUCCAUCAUGAGGAAGUGAUUGUAAAAUGGAGGAAAUCAGAUUCAAACUCUUUAUUUUCCGACUCCAACUCACUCCCCACCAGUUCUCCUCGAAGGUCCGUGGAUUACAACACAGACAUCCUCCCUCUCUCUGCACCUCCUGCUGCCUUCCCUGAUGAGCCUCCUGCUCUGCCAGAGUCCUGGUGUGAAGAUUCGGGGAUCCAGCUGACACCAGAGAUGAUCAGAGCCGAGUUCCUCGUGAGGAAAGCUCCUGUCUCCAAUAGCAACCUCCCCGCACCAAAAAGGCCAGCCUGGAUGUGACCCCAAGGUCUGAGAUCAACCAGACGCAAACAUGACAGAUGGCCAGACUGAAGAAGCUUGAAGGAGAGGAACGUGAAUAGGCAAUACCACUGCGCACACACACACAUCCUCUUCAGGAAUAAACACUACUGCUUUCCUCCGGAGGCACAUUAUUCAGCAGCCAUCCUACUCAACCCCAUGCAAGACUCUCCUUUGUCUGUUUUUGCAACUUCUGUGAAAUGGAACCUAGUUAGUUUCUCGCCCACCUGUAAAGCUUCUUCCUGCCCACUCAAAAUUGCCUAUAAGCCUCCCUUCUGAGCUCUCAGAAAGGCUGGGACUGUGUUUUCCCUCCACCUACCUCAUCCGUAUCGGUGUGCAGCAGAGAAUCCGCCACAGUAUGUUCCUAAAAGCUGCACUUCAUCUCUGACAGCAUGGUUUUGGUAUUGACUGGACUGUUACUGAUUUAAAUGCAAAUGAAAGCCAAAGAAUUUCACUCUCUCUGUAGGUCUGACAAUGAGUCCUAAUUGAGGUUUUGUGUAUUGAGACGAUUCAGCUUUUAAUUUGCCCUGCAGCUCGCUGAUUUGCAGCCAUCCGGGGACUGAGUAUUACUCCAUCGUUAAUUAGAGACAUCAGUUUAACAUUCACACUUAUGCGGUUGUAAGAAAAAAAGAAAAAAAAAGGAAAAAGGA